UAGGAGUGAGCCACGCCGGGCCUGUGGGAAAAGAUGGCGGGGAAGAAGAAUGUUCUGUCGUCUUUGGCAGUUUACGCGGAAGAUUCAGAGCCCGAGUCUGACGGCGAGGCAGGAGUUGAAACGGCGGGCGGCGCAGCUGAGGAGAAAGGCGGAUUGGUAUCUGAAGCCUAUGGAGAGGAUGAUUUUUCUCGCCUCGGGGGUGAUGAAGAUGGCUAUGAAGAAGAGGAGGAUGAGAAUAGCAAACAGUCGGAAGAUGACGAUUCAGAGACUGAAAAACCUGAGGCUGAUGACCCAAAGGAUAACCCAGACGUAGAAAAGCGAGACCCCCAGGAAUUAGUUGCCUCCUUUUCUGAAAGAGUCCGGAACAUGUCACCUGAUGAGAUCAAGAUCCCGCCGGAGCCCCCCGGCAGGUGCUCAAAUCACUUACAGGACAAGAUCCAGAAGCUUUAUGAGCGGAAGAUCAAGGAGGGAAUGGAUAUGAACUACAUUAUCCAAAGGAAGAAGGAAUUUCGGAAUCCCAGCAUCUAUGAGAAGCUCAUCCAGUUCUGUGCGAUUGAUGAGCUCGGCACCAACUACCCGAAGGAUAUGUUUGAUCCCCAUGGCUGGUCCGAAGACUCCUACUAUGAGGCAUUAGCCAAAGCCCAGAAGAUUGAAAUGGAUAAAUUGGAAAAGGCCAAAAAGGAGCGAACCAAAAUAGAGUUUGUGACGGGCACCAAGAAAGGGACCACGACCAACGCCGCGGCCGCCACCACUGCCACGGCCAGCACAGCUGUUGCAGACGCCCAGAAGAGAAAGAGCAAGUGGGACUCAGCCAUCCCAGUGACGACGAUCGCCCAGCCCCCCAUCCUCACCACCACGGCCACCCUCCCCGCCGUCGUCACAGUGACCACCAGUGCCAGCGGCUCCAAGACCACCGUUAUCUCUGCCGUGGGCACCAUCGUGAAAAAGGCCAAGCAGUGACCUGAGGGACCAGCUCGGGGUGGCUCGGACAUUCUCCUUUCCGUCAAGGGGAGGAGCCACUCUGGGACUUGACGAGACUGUGCAGCCCGGUGACCUGUGCCCGCUGGGAGGCGCCACUUGGUAUAUUUCAGGACUGGGACCUGCUCCCCGGGUGCCACCCCGAGAGGAGACUCCAUGCAGCCUUCCAGCUGGAAGAGACGUUGCUGCAGCAGAGUGGGGCACUGUGGACGCUGUCCUCCACGCUGUGGGGUCUGCCGCCCUAGUGAAAGCGCUGUGUCCUUACAUCUCAGCAUCUCGGAUGCACUGGCCUCUACUACAGUCUGUUUUCAGGCAGACGUGAAAGCUCAAGUGUCCUCCCCAUCUUCUUGGUUGGGAUUGUCAGGGUUGACAGUGGGAUGAACAGAGCCUGUGGUGCCACUCAGAGAAGGUGGCCCAGGAAGUCACUGUCGUCAUUCCCAUGGGCGGGCAGGGUCCAGAGAGCAGGGGAGGCCCCAGUUCCCACUGUCAGCUGCCCUGACCCUGCAGCUCAGCCAGUCCUCAGGCAGGAGCCCAGACCUCUACUCCCUUGGGGGCAGUUGAGCCCUCCUCGGACCACUUCUUGGACACACCCCAGCUUUUAAAGUCAAGCCAGUGACCAGGAGGGCUGGGGUUGAGCCCCAGCCCAUGCAGGGAGGGGGCGAGGUGUGGGCAGGCCCAGUGUGGGGAGAUGAGUCACCUCCUGGCACGGCUGGGCAGCCGCUCAUUGUUUACGUGAAACCCGGCUCCUGGGAGGCUCCCGCCACCCCACCCUUCCUGUCCGGGUUAUCUCUGCCCCACAGCAGCACCUGGGCAGCGCCAGUGGCCGCCAGGCUCCUUUUGGGGCCAAAACAGAUUUCCCCGCCGCUGCCAGGCCUGGAGUCUGAGGCCGGAGAGAACGGGUCUGCCUUUCCUGCUCUCUGGCAGCUCUCCUCCAGCGGGAGGGCUGCGCGUUCAGAGAAGGAAGCGGGGCUGUGAAGAG